AUGAAACAAUGUUUUAGAAAUUAUUAUUUAAAGAAAAAUAAUUUAAAAAUUAUGUGUGAAGAAACUAAGAAGAUUAUUGAAAAGCUAUCUGACUUUAGACAUCGUUAUAUAAUAAAUAGUUUUAUCACAAAAUAUUACAAGUUUGGUACUUACCCUUCGGGAAAAGACAUAUUCCUAUAA